UCCUCCAUUGUACAUGAUGUUUGUGCAGUAGUCUGUGUUCUCCAGCAUUACACCGUGGUCUAGCUUGUUCUGCUCACCCUCUCAUUUUAACCCUUCCAACCACCUGCUUGCUGAAGAGAAAUGGAUUGGGCUGAUCCCGUUCCGAUAUUUCUGGUGGUUGCCCUGACCCUCAUGUUUAUUAUAAAAAUUGCAAGGUUCUGGAGUACCCGCAUCAGAAAGGAUUUUCCCCCAGGACCAAGGCCUUUACCCAUCAUUGGAAACCUGCACAUCAUCGAUCUGAAGAGACCCUACCGGACUCUCAUUGAGCUGUCAAAAUCAUAUGGGCCAGUCUUCAGCAUUCAGAUGGGAUUCACAAAGAUGGUGGUGCUCUCAGGCUACGAGACCGUGAAGGAAGCUCUGGUGAAUCAGGCAGAUGCAUUCGCAGAGAGGCCUAAAAUUCCAGUAUUUGAAGAAUUAUCCAAAGGAAAUGGAAUUAUUUUUGCACGUGGUGAAAACUGGAAAGUGAUGCGAAAAUUUACUCUCUCAACCUUGCGAGACUUUGGGACGGGCAAGGCAGCCAUUGAGGACCGGAUAGUUGAAGAGUGUGAACAUCUGAUAGAGAAUAUUGAAUCUCAGAAAGGCAAACCCUUUGAUCCCACAAUAAUAAUGAAUGCAGCAGUCGCUAAUAUAAUCGUAACCAUAUUACUCGGAAAGCGGUUUGGCUAUGAAGAUCCCCAGUUCAUUAGACUCCUAUAUUUGAUUACUGAAAGUAUAAGGGUUAGUGGAUAUCCCUCAGUUGCAGUCUAUAAUAUGUUCCCAGCCCUUGGAUUUCUCCUGAAGGGUCACAAAACUCUUCUUCGAAAUAGAGACGAAAUACGUGCUUUUGUACAAAUUACUGUCAUAGAACACCUCAAAAACCUAGACAAAAACGAUCAGAGAAGUUUGAUUGAUGCUUUCCUCAUAAAACAGCAGGAGGAGAAAAAUGACAAUGAUGGUUAUUUCCACAAUGAGAAUUUGAAAAGCCUUGUAGGCAAUUUGUUUGCUGCUGGCAUGGAGACCACUUCCACUACACUACGCUGGGGCUUUCUCCUAAUGAUGAAGUACCCCAAAAUUCAGAAAAAAGUCCAAGAUGAGAUAGCAAGAGUUCUAGGAUCAAAUCCACCGCGAACUGAACAUCGAACUAAGAUGCCCUACACGGAUGCCGUUGUCCAUGAAAUCCAGAGGUUUGCCAAUAUCCUGCCAUUGAAUCUACCUCAUGAAACUACUGUAGAUGUCACUCUCAAAGGCUACUUCAUUCCAAAGAAUACCUACAUCAUCCCCUUGCUGGCCUCUGUGCUGCAAGACCAGUCUCAGUGGGAGAAGCCAGAUGUUUUCUAUCCUGAGCAUUUUCUUGACUCUGAAGGAAAAUUUGUAAAGAAAGAGGCCUUCAUGCCAUUCUCAGCAGGCCGCAGGAUAUGUGUGGGUGAGAAUCUUGCCAAAAUGGAGCUCUUCCUCUUCUUCACGAGCCUCCUGCAGAGGUUCACGUUUCACCCUGCCCCUGGCCUUUCCAGCUCAGACCUGGACCUCACCCCUGCAGUUGGGCUUGGUGCACUGCCAAUGCCCUAUCAGAUCUGUGCAGUGCCCCGGGUUUAGGGCUUCUGCUCUAGCAGCCAUGCCUUACCUGUGUGGUUUCAUUUCCCUCCAUUCCCCACCACCCUACCUCCUGCCGCACACAUCCAUACAACUCAUUGCUUUCUUCUCUGCUUUCCACUUUGUGUGGAGCUGGGUG